ACACAGCCCGCAGCCGCAGCGUGACUGCCUGACCCCGGCCGGAUUAUUCACCCCGCGCCGGGAGGGACGCAGGAAGCCGCCCGGCGAGCCGCGGCACGCAGGCGGGGAGGUGGUGGUGGUGGUGGCGGCUGCGGCGGCGGCCGCGGCGCCGCAGCGGGGUCCCCAGCCCCCGCCGGCUGCCGGAGGAGCCCGGCCAGCUCAGAUUAAUUUCUUGGCUGUGAAGAAGCGUGAACACCUCGUGCCCUGAUGGGGGACUCGGGAUCCAGGCGAUCAACUCUAGUAUCUCGGUUGCCAAUAUUCAGGAGAAGUAUUAGCCGGAGACAUGACUCCCUCCCUUCUUCACCUUCCUCUGCCAGUGCUGUGGGUGUGCACACGUCCUCCCCGUCCAGCACCAACUCCAGCUCAGGGAGCACAGGCAAGCGCCGGAGUAUAUUCCGAACUCCUUCCAUUAGCUUCCAUAACAAGAAAGGGGGGGAGCAGAAGCCUGAUGCCGCCAGCCAGAAUGUUAACAUCUCAAAUGGUGCCCAGUCCUCUCUCAGCACUUUUCAAAAACUGUGCCUGGAGGAACACAUUAAAAGCAGAGGAAGGCAUUCGGUUAGCUUUGGCAGCUCGCGUAGCAAGAAGAUAACAAGGUCUUUGACAGAUGAUUUUGAAAAGGGAAAGGAGCCUUCAGCUAAUAAGAAUGUCUUUAUAAAUUGUAUAAGCUCUGGAAAAAAUGAGGGUGACGAUUCUGGCUUUGUGGAGGAGCAGAGCCGCUACUCAGUCAAACAGUCCACGCGAAAACUUCUCCCUAAAUCCUUCUCAUCGCACUACAAGUUUUCCAAACCGGUUCCACAGAGUCAAUCAGUUUCCUCUGUGCAGCAGACUGGGUGCAUGCUGGAGAUAAAAUCCUAUGUUGAAAGCGAGCCGGUGAUUGCCUCGUCCUCUUCUCCGUGCUCAACUGAGGUGACAGAGUGCAUGGGGAGCACUUUGCAGUCCCCACUGCUCUCGGCUGACCUCACAGCUGUCCAGACCCCCUCUGACUUCAUAACCUUGACGGAGGAUUCUGUUUCGGAGGUUGAUGCUCUGCCUAGCAGCGGGAAUGGAGCGCUUCUAGCGGAGGAUUUUGGCCACGGUGUCUCUACCUCUCAGAUCAUCUUUAAUCUUGCUGCUGCUCCAGUGAAGGAAAUGGAUUAUGUGGAAAGUACUUGCCAGUCUGCUGCUGUAUCUCCUGCGAGUCAUGCAAGCUUGUGUAGUGUUGAAUCUAAUACCUUGUUCAAAACCUCAGCUGCUAAUCAAACGAAAGUACCAUUGCAAGCCAAUGAACCAGGUAUUACAGAUGCCAGGCACAAAGGAGAAAUUAACUCAGCAAAGGUGAAUUUAGAAACCUUUGCGUUACAGCGUGGAGAAGAACUGGGGAUGCACUCUCCGGCAGCAAAGGGGUUGAGUGGGGACCAAGAGGAAAGCACGUUCUCUAAGCACAUGAGAGAAACAAUUCCUGUAACAGAGCCUAAGAUUAUUCAAUGUUCUGAAUCUCAGUCCUUUAAAACACAACAGAGAUAUGAAACAAAUCAUCCUAACGUUGAUUUUGCCAAUAGCUUCAGUCCAUACCGAGAAGGCAGAUUUAUUGAGAAGCGACUCAGAUCCUCCUCAGAAGGCACUGCUGGAAGCAGUCGACUGAUCAUAAAACCAAAGGAUGGCAACGCAGAAGAGCUGAACAGCCUACGGAAGGAGAGAGCAAGUUCAUCCUCUUCAAAAAUGAACAGCAUGGAUGUUUUGAAUAACUUGGGUUCCUGUGAGUUAGAUGAAGAUGACCUAAUGCUUGAUUUGGAGUUCCUAGAAGAACAGCAUCACCAUCGCACUGUUUGUCGAGAAGACUCGUACCAGUCAAUAGUCUCAUGUGCUGCUGUAGUACUUACCCCAACAGUGGAUACAAGGAAGAAAGAACAAAUGCUAAAACCUGAUGUGUCUAAACAGAACCUCUCUUUGAAACUGUCAAAGGAGGUAGAACAAGGAGAAGCCAGGUACCCCCGUAUUAGCCAGCUGGCUGGCAGCCCAUCCGUGGAGUGGCCUUUUACUGGUCUGGAAGAAGGCGGAGGCAUUGAAUCUUUGCCCUUCAGACUGAUGCUGCAAGAUUGCACAGCUGUAAAGACAUUGCUACUGAAAAUGAAGAGGGUUCUUCAGGAGAGUACAGACAUGAGUCCAGCUAGCAGCACCACCUCACUCUCUGUUAGCCCUCUUCCCGAAGAGCCAUUACUUUUUAAGGAUGGAAUAAAAGAUGAAUGCUCAGUGCUGAAGCUGCAGCUGAAGGAGAGAGAUGAACUCAUAGCCCAACUUCGUGAUGAACUGGAAAAGGCUCAGUGUUUGCAGAAGGCUCUUGCUUCCCAGGCAGAUAAAUCCACACAGACAGAACUUUUUGGCCAUGAUGCUACAUAUUCAAACAGAAUGGUGAGCCAAAAUCUCAGCACAAGGGACAGAAAGUCAGCGCAUACUCCCACCGAGGACCCUUUUAGAUACUCAAGCAACCAAGCAACAACCUAUGAAAGCAAGAGCUGUCAACUGUCUAAUUUGUGUCUGAGCAACCUCCUGAAAGAGAAGGAGAUAGUGGAAGUCAUCAAGCAUACUAGAGGCACAUACGAAACCCUCACUUCAGAGGCCAUCCAGAAUGGUUUGGCCACCUCAGCACAAAGCACAGCAAAGCCUGCAUCUAAGACAGACAGCUAUCCACUGUUCUCAGGAGCUCCAAAAGACCAAAUUGCUGUACCUCAGCAGCACACCACUUUCACAGGAAGACUUGGACAACCUCCAAGGGGACCCAUCUCUUUACACAUGUACAGCAGAAAAAAUGUUUUCCUUCACCACAAUUUACACACAGCAGAGCUGCAGACUUUAGGUCAACAAGAUGGGUAGAAAGGUUCUUGUCUUCUUGCCAUAGAAUGAGAGUCCCCUGAAAGAAAACAUAAGCUCACACAGAGAUGAGUUAUAAGCUUUUACCUGCUGCUACCUUUAUUUGAAAAAAAUAAAUUAAAAAUUAACAUUGUCUAGGUUUCAUACUUUCCCAUCUGGAACUGUAGGAAAAGGAUGAACUGGAUUGCUAAAUAAUUGAUUUGUCAUACAGAAGUCACUACUGGUAGAGUAAAUGGAACCGUUGGGCUGGCAUUGCAGGUCCAAAAUUGGCUAAAUAUUUUUUUCUUUUGUCUCUAUAAAGCCACUAACAUCCCCUGAAGUUCUAGAAAUUGGUCUUAAAUAAUACUGUGUAUGCUUAAUAAUGUUACUGUUAAAGUAGAUGUGAGGAAUGAAUAGAUACAUAAUUAGUAAACCCUACUGAAUUACAUAGAGACUAGGGAAAUAAAGAGUAAGAAGUCUCUGAACUUCUAAAACCUACAGUGAAAUUUGCUCACUUUUAAAGGUGUGUUACCCCUUCUUGCUGUACACAUUUUAUCAAGGCCUCAUGCUGCAAGUAGAGGAAGUGACUUUUUGUCUACAAGCAAAGAUCAUAGAGGCUCACUGGGUAAUUGAAUCAAAAUAAUUGGAACACAAAAUGAUGAAGACAGCUUGAUUUCUCAACCUUCUCUUCCCUCUCCAUACCUUUUUUUAGCUACGUUUGUUCUGGUCUUUUUGUUCUAUGAGGACACAUCACAUUGUGGUGAUAGUUGCUCUCUGCAGAUACUAUAUUGCUCAUGACACAGUGUCACAGUCUAUGUUACCAGGGCUGCUCCAAAAGUAAUACCUCCUAUUUUAUUACGUUAGCACAUGACAUCAGAGGGGAAUAUUGUUGGUAUGAUAGAGGUUGAACCUUCCCAACAAUAUUCCGUUACAUUUUGUUGCCGUGCAACGGAUGGCAGCAGAAGGGCAGUCUGAAAAAAUGGUGUCUGAUGGAAGUGCAUACAAAGCAAAGGUGUGUGUGA